AUAGUUUACGGACCAGUAUGAUCUACAUUUACUGCACAUAACGAAAUGGUAGUUUCCCCAUAAUGUUUUACAGUAGAUUAUGCCUGUAAACCGGUAUAAAACGUUGCGGUUUAGUUUGAUUCUAGAUAUCAUCGCUUGUAGACGCAGCAGAAAGACCGCGCCGUCCGGUUUCGCCCGGAAUAAGCUCAUAGAACUACUACUUACGUUUGAUUAUUCUAUUAACGUUGCAACCUUCACAUUGGUAAAGCCUCCGUUUUUUUAACAGUAAUGUUUGCUCAGGCAAGCUGGGUAUUUCUCUUGCUCGCCGCUUUGUUGAUAGCAAUACCAGCAAGCGGGACGCGAUACCAAGCGAACUGGGAGAGUUUGGACGCAAGACCACUUCCUACAUGGUAUGAUGAAGCCAAGUUCGGGAUUUUCGUCCACUGGGGGGUGUUCUCCGUCCCCGGGUUCGAGAGUGAGUGGUUCUGGUGGCAUUGGCAAGGCCAAAACCCACCUGAUCCGAAGUGUGUUCAGUACAUGCUGGAUAACUACCCGCCCGGGUUCAGUUAUCCAGAUUUCGCGCCCCAGUUCCAUGCCCAGUUCUUUGACCCGGAUGACUGGGCUGACAUAUUCGAGGCUUCCGGUGCAAAGUAUGUGGUUCUGACAGCGAAGCACCAUGAAGGAUUCACCACCUGGCCCUCUUCCUACUCCUGGAAUUGGAACUCUGUGGACACUGGACCACACAGAGACCUGGUGGGAGACCUGGCAGAGGCUGUACGCAACAGGUCGCUGCACUAUGGACUCUACAACUCCCUGUAUGAAUGGUUCAACCCUCUCUACCUGAUGGACAAGAACAACAACUUCACAACACAGAACUUUGUCUUGAAGAAACUGCUGCCUGAGCUUUAUGACAUGGUCCAAAGCUACAAGCCGGAGUUGAUCUGGUCCGAUGGGGAUUGGGAAGCUCCCGACACCUACUGGAACUCAACAGAAUUCCUGGCCUGGCUCUACAACGACAGUCCCGUUAAAGACGUGAUUGUGACCAAUGACAGGUGGGGUGCGGGGUGUUACUGUAAACACGGUGGCUACUAUAACUGUGCAGACAAAUACACCCCUGGGGAGCUUCCCAAACACAAGUGGGAGAAGUGUCAGUCUGUAGACACACAGUCCUGGGGUUACCGGAGGACCAUGAAGCUCUCUGAACUGAUGGACCUGCCCAGUAUCAUACAGGACCUGGUCCAGACAGUGGCCAUGGGGGGUAACUAUCUGCUGAAUGUGGGUCCUACCCCCGACGGCAUGAUCCCCCCAGUGUUUGAGGAGAGGCUGAGGGGCAUUGGGGCCUGGCUGGGGGUCAACGGAGAGGCCAUCUACUCCUCCAAACCCUGGAGGCUCCAGACCGAGAAUGCCACCGUACCUGUCUGGUACACCUCCAAUUCCAAAUACUCUAGUGUGUAUGCUGUCUUCAUGACGAAACCCACUGUGUACACGUUCCACCUGUCUGAACCUAUCACAACAGAGAGCACCACGGUGACAUUAUUGGGGAACGUAGAGCCUCUGAGAUGGGCUCCUCUCCACCCCCGUGGUCUGAUCCUCCUUCUCCCCGAGUUACCCCCAACCCCGGCCCAGGCCUGGAUCCUCAAACUGGACGGGGUCAAGUGAUCUGGGGUGAUAACCAGCCUCCUGAAUAUGCCUUUAGCUACUGGUGAGCAGUAAAGGUAACUAGUUGGAGACUAGCUGGAAUGAAAUUAAUACAUUUGUAAUUUAAAAUGUUGGAUGAUUUUUUAGAAUGACCCAGAAUGAGUGUGAUGUGAUAUUAGUUAGGCUAACUUUGCUUGGGAUUUAGAAGUGUAAUUGGCGCCAUGUUGGCACCAGAUUUCAAUGAUAGAAUAUAUUUCAAUGAUACAUUUGGGGCGGCAAGUGGUUAGAGCGUUGAGUUGCGAAAGGUUGCAAGUUCGAAUCCCCGAGCUGAUAAGGUAAAAAUCUGUCGCUCUGCCCCUGAACAAGGCAGUUAGCCCCACUGUUCCCCGGUAGGCAGUCAUUGUAAAUAAGAAUUUGUUCUUAACUCAUUUGCCUCGUUAAAUAAAUGUAAAAUAAAACAUUAUGCGGGGCAAAACCAUUGUAAAGAACCUAUGUGACAAUCUUUAUGGAACAAACAAGUUAAAUCAACUUAGCUUUGGAGAAGGGAGAAAAUCUGCCUAUUUUUCCUGUGAUUUGUAUUUUGUUUCUACGCUUUCUUCAUUAGACUCUGCUGUUUAUUGCUCUCCAGGUGAUUUGACUUUAAUGUUUUGUAUUCAUUUGGACUGAAUCAUUGCCUUCGGAAAGUUUUCAGACCCCUUUUUUCCACAUUUUGUUUUUCUAAAAUUGAUUAAAUACAUUUUCGUUAUCAAUCUACACACAAUACUCUAUAAUGACGAAUCGAAAAAAGGUUAUUAGACAUGUAAUUAAAAAGAAAAAAGAAAUACCUUAUUUACAUAAGUAUUCAGACCCUUUACUAUACGACUUGAAAUUGAGCUCAGGUGCUUCCUGUUUCCAUUGAUCAUCCUUGAGAUGUUUCUACAACUUAAUUGGAGUCCACCUGUGGUAAAUUGAUUGGACAUGAUUUGGAAAGGCACACACCUCUCUAUAUAAGGUCCCACAGUUGACAGUGUAUGUCAGAGCAAAAACCAAGCCAUGAGGUUGAAGGAAUUGUCCGUAGAGCGUAGAGACAGGAUUGUGUCGAGGCACAGAUCCGGGGAAGGGUACCAAAACAUUCUGCAGCAUUGAAGGUCCCCAAAGAACACAGUGGCCUCCAUCAUUCUUAAAUGGAAGAAGUUUGGAAACACCAAGACUCUUCCUAGAGCCGGCCGCCCGGCCAAGCUGAGCAAUCGGGCAAGAAGGCCUUUGGUCAGGGAGGUGACCGAGAACCCGAUGGUCACUCUGACAGAGCUCUAGAGUUCCUCUGUGGAUAUGGGAGAACCUUCCAGAAGGACAACCAUCUCUGCAGCACUCCACCAACCAGGCCUUUAUGGUAGAAUGGCCAGAUGGAAGACACUCCUCAGUAAAAGGCACAUGACAGCCCGCUUGGAGUUUGCCAAAAGGCACCUAAAGACUCUCAGACCAUGAGAAGCAAGAUUCUCUGGUCUGAUGAAACCAAGAUUGAACUCUUUGACAUGAGUGCCAAGUGUCAUGUCUGAAGGAAACCUGGCACCAUCCCUACGGUGAAGCAUGGUGGUGGCAGCAUCAUGCUCUGUGGAUAUUUUUCAGUGGCAGGGACUGGGAGACUAAUCAGGAUCGAAGCAAAGAUGAACGGAGCAAAGUACAGAGAUCCUUGAUGAAAACCUGCUCCAGAGCACUCAGGUCCUCAGACUGGGGUGAAGGUGACCCUAAGCACACAGCCAAGACAACGCAGGAGAGGCUUCGGGACAAGUCUCUGAACGUCCUUGAGUAGCCCAGCCAGAGCCCGGACUUGAACCCGAUCGAACAUCUUUGGAGAGACCUGAAAAUAGCUGUGAAGCGACGCUCCCCAUCCAACCUGACAGAGCUUGAGAGGAUCUGCAGAGAAGAAUAUGAGAAACUCCCAAAAUACAGGUGUGCCAAGCUUGUAGCAUCAUACCCAAAGUACUGAGUAAAGGGUCUGAAUAGUUAUGUAAAUGUGAUAUCAGUUUUAAACAUUUUAUGCAUUUGUAAAAAUGUCUAAAACCUGUUUUUCCUUUUGUCAUUGUUGGUUAUUGUAUGUAGAUUGAGGGGGGAAAAAAACAAUUUAAUCAUUUUUUAGAAUAACAUAACAAAAAGUCAAGGGGUCUGAAUACUUUCUAAAUGCACCAUAUGUUCCUCUCCUGAGGCGGGAAGAUUUUAUUUGUGUCUGUCGAGCUUCUGUUUUAAAGAUGUCAUAUGAUGACGGGGAAGUGAACAAAAGCCACUUUUUGUAUUUUUGUAUGCAAUUCUUUUUUAUGACUGAAUAAAGAAAUAGUUGACUAA